ACAUGUCCUUUUAUUAUCACCAGAGUUUAACUGUUCUUCUCUGUCAUUCCACAUACCCCAAGAAAAAAGAUAAUGGAACACCACAGAAGCCUACCAUUAAUCUUCCUCUUCAUCUCUCUUCUCUCCCUUUUAGGAUCGGCUCAGGCUUACAAGAACUACACCGUUGGUGACUCGUUGGGCUGGUACGACAACACUGAAAAGUCUAAUGUCAAUUAUCAGAAAUGGGCUGAUGCCAAGAACUUCAGUCUCGGAGAUUUCCUCAUUUUCAACACUGAUACAAACCAUUCGGUUGUGCAAACAUACAAUUUCACCACAUACAAGCUUUGUGACUAUGACGAUGCCCUAGACAGUGACACCAAAAUAUGGUCGGCCGCCGACCCUUCGAACACGGCAACAGUUGCCGUGACAGUACCGGUACCUCUACUGAAAGAAGGAACCACUUAUUUCUUCUCCAGCGAUUAUGAUGGAGAUCAAUGCAACAACGGGCAACAUUUUAAGAUAUAUGUAAGUCAUGGAAAAGGGUUGCCGGAUAGUUUGAAAAGUCCGUCGGAACAAGCCCCAGCUCCCAAUAGUCCUGAUUAUAAUAACGAUGAGUCAGCUCCUGAUAUAGUUGUACCUUCCAAUUUCAAUAAUCCUCAAGGUGGUGAUCAUAAAAAUGAUGAUGAUAAUGUUAAGAAGGCAUCUGGGUCUGCUUCUUUAUAUGUUAAUAGUAUUAUGGUUUUGUUUGCAUACUUUUGUGAGUUACUAUGAUAGGUUUGUUUUUUUAUUUUUAUUUUUAUUUUUUUAAAUUUAAUUAUUAUUAUUAUUUGGUCUGUAUUGUAUGAUUAUU